UUUGUCUGGCUGCUAUGAUUUCCGUGCGUCGAAUUCAUGAAAGGGGAGGAUAGGUGGGAAUUCGAAAUGAUCAAGUCCAAAAAUAGGCGUAACCAUCCGCGACGAGGCGUGACAUGGCGUGACACAUGAAGCCAUGUCCUCCGAUUCACCAGACCGGCCAUUACCGUCAUGGGCGAACCCAGAAGGCCCUUCAGAAUCUGCAAGCGAGGCCCUCAAGGCACUGCAGACGUAUAAGAAAAAGGACGGAGAGAAAGUGAUUGUGCGCUUCAAGGCUGUCGGAAAUGCCCCAAUUAUGAAGCAGAACUUCUUCAAAAUCACGUCGUCAAAUAGGUUCCAGGCUGUUAUACAGUUUUUAAGGAAGGAAUUGGCAUGGAAGGCAGGAGAGCCGUUGCAUACGUAUAUCAACCUCGCAUUCUCUCCAGCACCGGAUGAUACUGUUUCCAAUCUAUACAAGUCAUUCGCUACUGACGGACAUCUGAUUGUUAACUAUAGCACUACAGCAGCAUGGGGCUGACACAGCCGCGUCUUCGUUUAUCUAAUUCUAUCUGUAUAUCGUGGGGUCCCCUUGUAAUCAAAGUUCAUAUCUCGCAAAGUGUCCCCACAAUCU